AUGGAUUUGUCAGAGUUCGAUGUUAUAUUUUCAGGUUGUAUCAAAACAAGUUUAGAGAUUCUUGAACUGUCUUACACUGGACUUACUGGCCAGUUACCUGAAUGGCUAUGGGAGCUCAAAAGGCUUAGAUCUCUUGAUUUGUCUAAUAAUCAAAUUUUUGGCUCUAUUCCUGCAUCGCUUGGACAACUAGUUUCAUUGGAAGAAGUUUAUUUUAAUGACAAUCAAAUUAAUGGGACUAUAUCAGAAAGUGUAGGGAGGUUAUCAGAGCUAGUUUAUUUGGACCUCAACUCCAAUUUCUUUGUGGGUGAAAUGUCAGAAGCACAUCUUGCCAGUUUGACAAAGUUAAAAUAUUUGAGUUUGUCAUCAAACUCCUUGGCUUUAAAGUUUGAGCACAAUUGGCUUCCUCCUUUUCAGCUUGAAUCCAUUUGGAUGAGUUCUUGCAUCUUGGGUCCUGAUUUCCCAGAAUGGCUUCAGAAGCAAGAAAAUAUAUUAAUCCUUCAUAUGACGAAUGUUGGUAUUGUUGAUGCUAUGCCAGAAUGGUUUUGGAGCUUGAUUUCUGGAGCCUACUAUGUGGAUAUAUCUGACAACCAAAUUAGUGGCAGAGGCCAAUUCUCCCUAGAAUCAUCAUGGGAAAAUUGCUUAAUUGUUGGAAUAGCUCUUCAGCACUUAAGAGUGUUUGAUUUUUCAAGAAACAAUAUAUUUGGAGGGAUUCCAAAAUCAAUGUGCUCACUUUCGUCACUUAAUUCAUUGCAUCUGAGCAAUAACAAUCUAUCUGGACAGUUACCUUUGUCCUUAAAGUACUGUCAAAAACUACUCAUUCUUGAUCUGGGAUAUAAUGAGUUCAGUGGUGAAAUACCAACAUGGGUAGGAAGAAGGCUCAUCUCACUCCAAUUUCUCAGAUUGAGAUCCAAUAAAUUGUGUGGAAAUAUUCCACCCAAUCUUUCAUUACUAGGUAACAUACAAAUCCUUGACCUUGUAGGAAAUAAGCUCUCAGGCACCAUUCCACAAAGCUUUGGAAACUUUAUUGCCAUGACAGUCAUUAGAAAAAUUCCUAGUUUGCUCAUGCAUGUACUUGAAGUUUAUUAUAUGGAGAGCAUGCUAGUGUCAACUAAAGGUGGUUCUCAAGAGUAUAAUAAGUUGCUUACGCUUUUGAAUAUAAUGGAUCUUUCAAAUAAUAACUUGAUUGGUAAAAUCCCUACUGAGCUAAUGAACCUAUCAGGAUUGUUCGGUUUGGAUUUAUCUGGAAAUCAUUUAACAGGAGAAAUCCCAGAAAAGAUCAGUGCAUUGCAACAACUGGAGUCUCUUGAUUUGUCUAGAAACAAUUUAUCCGGUGGAAUUCCUCAUAGCAUGGCCAAUAUGUCAUCUUUGGGUUUUUUAAAUUUGUCCUAUAACAACUUAUCAGGCGAAAUUCCACUCGGUAAUCAGCUCCUAACUUUAUUCAGUGAUCCAUUAGUCUACAUGGGAAAUUUUGAUCUUUGUGGGUUCCCUCUUGAUCGGAGUUGCAAGGGAAGUGAGACAACACAAACUUCAAAUCACAUAGAUGACAAGAAUGAAAAUGAAAUGAUAUGGCUAUACAUAAGUUUUGCUCUCGGUUUUCUUACUGGAUUUUGGACAAUUUGCGGGACACUACUACUGAAGAAGAAUUGGAAGAUUUGCUAUUUCAGAUUUUUCGACAACACAUUUGACAAGGUUUAUGUAUGCAUUAUGAUGAACUUUCGGAAAUUUGCUCUGUAA